UAGAAAGAAAAAGGAUUGCCCUGAACUUCAUCCUCUCUCCUUCCUCUGGCAAAAGAAAAUGGGAGUUUCCCUCAGCUGUCUACCUUGCUUUCUGAAAUAAAGGGACCGAGAAGAAAGUUUUCUUUGAAGAGAAAACUUGCCAAGGAGAUGUGGGUUCCCACAAAGCUUGGUGACAAGCCCUGUUGCUGCUCAGCAAUGCCCUUAAGGGGCCCCGCCCCCUGCCCAUAUAAAGCCAGGCUGCACUGGGGGAGCAGCAGCUGGCACGCAGCCUCCAGCCUCCGGAGCACCGUCCUGGCCUUGGCACUGGCACUGGCACAAGCUAUGGCAAAUGAAGUGCAAGUCCUGCUCUCCCCGCUGAAAGGGGGGCAUCCUCCUGCAGUAAAGGCUGGAGGAAUGAGAAUUUCCAAAAAACAAGAAAUUGGCAUCCUGGAGAGACAUACCAAAAAAACAGGAUUAGAGAAAACAAGUGCCAUUGCAAGUGUUGCCAAACUCCAGGCCAUGGAUGCUCUGAAUGACACGCUGGAGAAGCUCAGCCAUAAAUUUCCAGCAGUAAUGCAUAUGGCACAUCAAAACCGACCUGCCCUGGAGAAGGUCACUCCACUGAAAAGGAUCUACAUUAUUCAGCAGCCUCGAAAAUGUUAAGCUGGAACGUAAAACACAGGCGUCUGGCCAACUGCCGCGAACAUCUGACAGCUUAGUGAAAAGGACCAAAAUGUUCCAUAGGCCUAGUGCACUUGCUUGGUAAAUAAAACAGCUUUUGUAUCUUCUCUUUUGACUUUAGAUAAUAAAGCAUCCAAAUUUAUAAA